UCACUUUGUUUCUUUCAUUCUGAUUGUAAAGACAAGUUGUGAAUAACGCGUCCAUCUUCUUACGAAUCGUGUUCAGAUUUGUUUAGAUCAGUGUUUUAUCCUUACCGCUAAAAGAAAUGGUGUCGUCAUCGGAUAGUGAGGAUGACCGGUUGAGAGGAGCCCGAAGAGUCCCUCCAAACGCUCCUCCAGUCCCGAAGAAAACGUACAUCAUCAAGAAUUCCACGAUGCAAAAGAGGAAAAUGCAAUGUUCUCGUUGGAUGCGUAACAAAUGGUUCAUCGCCGGAAUGAGUGCGCUCAUUCUGUUGAUCAUUUUAGCCAUCGUCCUCGGCGUGACUUUAGGCAAGAAGUCGCCUCCCGUUCACGUAGAGCCAGUCCAUUUGAUGUGGUGGCAAAAUGCCACAAUCUACCGUUGCUACGUCACGUCGUACGCCGACUCCGAUGGAGACGGACUAGGAGAUUUCAAAGGACUCCAGGAGCGGUUACCUUACCUGAAAGAUCUAGGAAUUGACGUGUUGUGGCUGUCGCCAAUUCAAUACACGAACACGGUAACUGGCACGGACGUCACAGACAUUAAGAGCGUCAAAGUCGAGUAUGGACAACUUCAAGAUUUUCGGGAGCUCGUCAUUUCGGCCAAACUGUUGGGAAUUAAAGUUAUCAUGGACAUAAUCUUGAAUCACAGCGGAAGCGCUCAUACGUGGUUUAAGGAAUCCCAGUCUUCAACACCUUCCUUCAAGGACUAUUACAUCUGGAGUAAAGGCAAAACGGGUUCAGAUGGCAAACCACUACCUCCCAACAAUUGGGUAUCCAUGUACAACGGAUCGGCCUGGCAGUGGAGUGACCUUAGGCAAGAAUAUUAUCUCCGGCAAUUCUGGAAGAACGAGCCGGACCUCAAUUACCGACAGCCACAAAUUAUCCAGGAGAUGAAAAACGCGGCUAACUUCUGGUUGGAUAAGGGAGUGAAUGGGUUCCACGUGCGGGACGCCGCUUUCCUGUACGAAGACGCCCAGUUAACCGACGAAAGUCAGUUGGGCAACACGCAGGAUUACGCCUCUUUUAGCCACAAUUUCACGCGGGAUUUACCCGAAAGUUAUCAAGCCAUCAACGACAUCUUCGCGUCUAUCAUGAUGCCCCGGUUAGGUGAAGAAAGAAUAUUAUUGGUGGAAGCCAAUGAACGAGUUAUGAGUGACGAAAGGUGGUCGCAAACGUACCAGUCGAUGACGACUAACGUGCUCUACAAAUUGAAUUCAACUUUCGACGGUUUACAAUUAAAAGCUUUAGUUAACCAAUCGCUCGAAGCCUUUAACAAGACCAGAUCGUGGCCGACGUGGACGUUGGGUGACGAGACCCGCAGUCGCAUCUAUUCAAAGUUCAAUCAAUUGGCUAUCGGUUUGCAAAUGAUUCAGAUUUUUCUGCCGGGCUCAUCGUCCAUCUAUUACGGAGAAGAGUUGCAAUUCACCAAUAACGCGGCUAUAAAAUACGGAGAGACGGUCGAUGCUGCUGCCCAAGAGGCUGGCCCCAUCAAUUACAGUCUCAUAUCACGUGAUCCGUUCCGUACUCCGAUGAAAUGGAACUCUUCGCGACAUGCAGGUUUCACUUCCGCUGAAAAUCCAUGGCUUCCGGUGAACAACAACGACCCAACCGUCGACAUCCUGAAAUCUCGAUCCAAUUCGCUGUGGAACACAAUCAAAGAUAUGAUCGUCAUCAAGAAGACUUCGUUGGCACUAACGAAUGGAACUAUUGACUUCCCUAUCGUCGACACAGACAUAUUUUCUUUUACGAGGGUUCACGCCUGGAAUAAUACGGGAUUUCUGAUCGUGUGGAACGUCGGCAGUCAGCGUAAGACAUUGUCUUUUUACAACACUACUUACAUUUCGAACGACAUGACAGUCAUCCGCAAAAUCAAAACGGAAGGAAGCCGAACGGAGACUUCGCUAGUGAAGAAAUCAGAUGUAACUGUGGAACCAAAAGAGAUCGCCAUUUUUUCGUUUUGGAAGCAGUAAUAAUUGGGUUAACUACUAAUUGUUAUACCACAAGGAGAAGGCGAAUCUAAUGAGUAAGACGUCUAGUAUUUCAAACCCAAACAAAAACAUUUUAAAAUAAAAAAAGAAAAAAGAAACAAGAACGACCAGAUUUGGACGUGCGUUUGCUGCCAUUUAAUUUUUGUUUAGUUUUUUUUUUGUUUGUUUUUCACAUGAUAAAAUCAAUCAUUUUUCAAUACAAAUCCUUCACUGCUU